GAGAUGGGCUACCCCAACUACCCCAAUCGGCAGGGCCCUCCUGUACCGGGUCAGGGCCCCGGGUACCACGGCAUGAACCGCUCAGAAGAGAUGAUGUCGUCAGAUCAACGCAUGAACCAUGAGGGGCAGUGGCCCGGUCACGUCAACCAGCGGCAGCCGCCCUUUGGCCCCGGGGGAUCUGGACCUCCCAUGACCAGACCCCUACCAUCCACCUACCAGACUUCCCAGAACCACAUUCCUCAGGUGUCGAGCCCAGCACCCAUGCCCCGGCCCAUGGAAAGCAGAACAUCGCCCAGCAAGUCACCCUACAUGCACCCGGGCAUCAAGGUGCAGAAAGCCGGACCCCCUGUACCUGCCUCCCAUAUUGGCCAGGCCCCCGUGCAGCAACCCAUGAUCAGGCGAGAUGUGGCCUUCCCUCCUGGCUCUGUUGAGGCCUCCCAACCCCUCCUGAAGCCCCGCAGACGGCUCACCAUGAAAGAUAUCGGAACUCCUGAGGCUUGGAGAGUGAUGAUGUCACUAAAGUCUGGUUUACUAGCUGAGAGCACCUGGGCCCUGGACACCGUCAACAUCUUAUUGUACGAUGACAACAGCAUCACUACUUUCAACCUGUGUCAGCUGCCUGGGUUCCUGGAGCUGGUGGUGGAGUACUUCAGACGCUGCCUUAUCGAGAUCUUCGGCAUCUUAAAGGAGUAUGAAGUCGGAGACCACGGCCAACGCACCCUCAUAGAUCCCAACGCUGCCGAGGACUCUGAGGAUGACAUCCCCAUGCCUGAGGGCGAGGACAUGAAUCUGGAUGAAGAUGAUGAAGAGGAUGAGGAGGUUGAGGACUCAAAGUCUAACCCUGAUGCCCUCCUCCUGGUCCAGGUGAAACAGGAGGAUGAGAGCUCACAGAAACACAAGUCUUCAGAGGAUGAGGAAGAGGAGAAGGAAAGGGAGUCUUCUAACAAGGAGCCCAAUACCUCUACCUCAGGGUCGUCCCAGGACCCAAACCUCCUCUCUGAGAAGCCUAAGCAGGCCAGCAAGUUUGAUAAACUUCCCAUCAAGGUGGUGAGGAAGAAGAACCCUUUCCUGGUGAACCACUCGUCCAAGCUUGGGCAGCGGCAGAGCUUUGACAGCGGCCUGAUACACUGGAGCAUCGGUGGUGGUGACACUACUGAACACAUCCAGACCCACUUUGAGAGCCGGAUGGAGGUUCUGAAGCAGAGGAAACACACGCAGACAGGAUCUGAGAGCCGCAAGAAGGUCCAGGUGACCGAAACUGUCCCAGAGAACUCCGAGAAAUCCAAGUCCAAUGGGGAGGAGAAACCUCAGCAGCAGCAGCAGCCCCAGUCCUCCGAACCUCAGAAGUCUCCAGAGGAGAAGACCCCUCCUCCGCCUCUUCCCAUCGGCGCCCCGGUCACUGCUACCAUUGAUGAUGUGCUUUCUGCUCGUCCCGGGUCGGUAACAGAGGAGGUCGUUCGUGGAGGUGUCGAAGAGCAGAAAGAGAACGGCAAGUACCUGUUCAGCAUCAGCCCAGACCUCCAGAGCCGACGCAACAUCAAGAUCCUGGAAGACGAGCCUCACAGCAAAGACGAAACGCCGCUCAGCACUCUGUCGGACUGGCAGGACUCGCUCGCUCGGCGCUGCAUCUGUGUUUCCAACAUCGUACGCAGCCUCUCUUUUGUUCCCGGAAACGACUUGGAGAUGUCCAAACAUCCGGGUCUCCUGCUGCUGUUGGGCCGCCUGGUGCUGCUCCAUCACAGGCACCCUGAACGCAAACAGGCGCCCGUCACCUACGAGAAGGAGGACGAGGAGGAUGAAGGUGUGAGCUGUGAAAGAGACGAGUGGUGGUGGGACUGCCUCGAGGUGUUACGGGAGAACUGCCUGGUGACUCUGGCGAACAUCUCAGGCCAGCUGGACCUUUCUAUUUACCCGGAGAGUAUAUGCCUGCCUCUGCUGGACGGCCUGCUCCACUGGGCCGUCUGCCCCUCAGCGGAAGCCCUGGACCCCUUCCCCACGCUGGGGCCUCACGGCUCACUUUCCCCUCAGAGACUGGUCCUCGAGACCCUCAGCAAGCUCAGCAUCCAGGACAACAACGUUGACCUCAUUCUUGCGACACCGCCGUUCAGCCGCCUGGAGAAGCUGUACGGCUCGCUGGUGCGCCUGGUCGGUGAGCGCAAGGUGGCCGUUUGCCGGGAAAUGGCGGUUGUCCUGUUGGCUAACUUGGCGCAGGGUGACAGCUUAGCGGCGCGGGCUAUCGCUGUGCAGAAAGGCAGCGUAGGUAACCUGCUGGGCUUCCUUGAGGACAGCCUCGCUGCCACACAGUACCAGCAGAGCCAGAGCUCCCUGCUACAAAUGCAGGGCGGGCCUCAGUUUGAGCCCACCAGCGUGGACAUGAUGCGGCGGGCGGCCCGCGCCCUGCACGCCCUGGCUAAGGUGGAGGAAAACCACUCAGAGUUCACUUUGUACGAGUCGCGGCUACUGGACAUCUCAGUGUCCCCUCUUAUGAACUCCAUGGUGUCCCAAGUGAUCUGUGAUGUACUCUUUCUGAUCGGCCAGUCAUGACAGCCGUGGGGAGGUUUCAGCUCUGCCUCUUCCCGUUCCCAGUCACACCCCCCCCUCCUUUUUUUCUGUAUGUGUGUGUCUGUUGCGUGUGAGUGAAAAGAGCAAAACUGACUGUCCUUUUUUUUAAUUUAUGCAAAAUCACCUCGGAUUCCACUGUCUUUCUACCCCUGCUUCUCACUAAAGGAAGGAAUAUCAUGAAGUAGCUGUGGAUUUAAAGCGUCUGAAAUAGAGAGAUACUGACAAAGAAGAGCAGAUCGGGACCCAGGCAUAGGACAGAGAGUGCUGCCCUGCGGAAAGGACUUGUUUUUUAAUGAAAAGAAAAAUCUCCAGAAAAAAAAAAAGAAGAAACUGUAACCAAAGUUGCUGUCUCGUUUACAGUGAGUUUGGGGGAUACAUGUGCUCGCUUUCUCCCCCGGGGGGUUCGGCAGGGGGAAGAGGGCACGGACUAAACAAUAUUAUGGUUCAUGUUUGGAGGCUACAUAGACUCACAGACUGUGGUGUGGUAUAAUUGCUGUAACUUUGGAUGCUAUAUACUCAGCCCCACAGGAACCACAUUAUUGGCUGUGAACAGACAUCUGUCAUGGGAGGCCUGUGCAGUAGAUUGUAGGACUUUUUUCUGUACUGUACACCUUAAAAACUGUAAACAUACUGUAAUAAUACUGUUUCACACUGAGAUACGCUGGCUUGGCAGCAAACUGUAGUUUUUAAAAACAGUUUUAGUUAAUGUCGAGAGAGAAAACGGCUUUCCCCCCAAAGUAUGGUGAACCUACAACACCCCGACCUCUUCUCUUUGUCCCUUGAUUGUAUGACUUGACCCUUAUAUUAAAAAGUCACCUCUUUAGGACUGGUCCUCAACUCUAGAUGCAGUCCAAGCUGCAGUGUAUAUAUGAUGUACAUUACACUUCUCUCUCUCUCUCUCUCUCUUACUCGACUUCUGUUGCUCCUCACCGUUUUUAAUCUUUGACAAUUACAAGUGUCCCCGCAUCAAGUACGCCAUGUGAUUACUUGACGCCUACCCUCUCCGUUACUUAGGCGCCUCACCCUGCUCGUAUCGCGCUCAGAGGGGGGUUUUUAGCUGCUGUCCAACGCCACCCCCAACAAACACAGCUCAAGUUUCAGUUUGUCUCCGGUCUGGGUGUAGAGAGUAUAACAAAAAUCCUGUCUGCGGUUCCAUUUGAGCUCCUUCAUAAAUGACAAACUAGAUCUUGAUGAAGAAACCAAUUUAAUUUUGUUUAUUUUGUUUAUUUUUUUCCAGUGAUGCGGAUUCUGCAUAUUUGUAUUUCAGAUGAUGUAGCUAAAACUUGAUGUAAAUUCCUCUUUUUUCCUUUUUUGGCUUAAUGAAUAUCAUUUAUUCAGUAUGAAAUCUUUAUACUAUAUGUUCCACGUGUUAAGAAUAAAUGUACAUUAAAUCUU